AUGAUCGCCCAACGGGUUGGCCUCGCGGCCAUGCGAGGCGUCGCUAAGCCCAACGGCCUCUUCGUCGCUCAGAACCUCCCCAAGCUGGCUCUCGCUGCCCGCCUGCCCGCCCAGCAGUUCCGUGCCGCCGCCACCACCUCCAAGGUCUCCCUGACCGAGGGCCAGGACAUCCUCGCCAAGCAGCGCCUCGCCCGCCCCAUCUCCCCUCACCUGGGUAUCUACAAGCUCAGCCAGGUCUGGUUCUCCUCCUCCGCCUGGACCCGCAUCACCGGCUGCGUCCUCUCGGGGACCGCCUACGCCUACUUCGCCACUUACCUCGUCGCGCCCCUCGUCGGCUUCCACGUCGAGAGCGCCAGCCUCGCCGCGGGGCUCGCCUCGCUCCCCUUCCUCGUCAAGGGCCUCCUCAAGUUCACCCUCCUCGCCUUCCCCUUCUCCUACCACUUCGUCAACGGCGUCAGGCAUCUCGUCUUCGACAUCGGUAAGGGGUACACCAAGCCCCAGAUCAGGAGGGCCGAGCAGUUCGCCUGGUCGGCCAGCAUCCUCGCCGGUCUUUUCCUUGCUUUCGGCCUGUAA